AUGUCUACCGUUGCCGCUGCCCGCUAUGGCAAGGACAAUGUCCGAGUCUACAAAGUCCACCGUGAUGAGAAGACAGGGGUCCAGACCGUUGUUGAGAUGACCGUCUGCGUGCUUCUGGAGGGUGAAAUUGACACCUCGUACACCAAAGCCGACAACAGCGUCGUCGUCGCGACAGACUCUAUCAAAAACACUAUCUAUAUUCUGGCCAAGCAGAACCCCAUCACACCCCCCGAGCUCUUUGGCUCCAUCCUGGGCACCCAUUUCAUCAACAAGUACAAGCACAUCCAUGUCGCGCACACCAACAUCAUCACGCACCGCUGGACCCGCCUCAACGUCGAUGGCAAGCCGCACCCCCACUCGUUCGUCCGUGACAGCGAGGAGACGCGCAAUGUACAGGUUGACGUGACCGAGGGCGCCGGUAUCGACAUCAAGUCUUCCAUCAACAAGCUCACUGUGCUCAAGAGCACGGGCUCACAGUUCUGGGGCUUCGUCCGAGACGAGUACACCACUCUUCCCGAGGUCUGGGACCGUAUUCUCAGCACCGAUGUUGAGGCGACGUGGGCGUGGAAGAGGUUCUCCGGCCUGGACGAGGUCCGGGCGAAUAUCCCCAAGUUCGAUGAUACUUGGGAGGCGGCGCGGAAUAUCACCCUCAAGACCUUUGCCGAGGAGGAGAGUGCCAGUGUCCAGGCUACCAUGUAUAAGAUGGGUGAGCAGAUUCUGGCGCACCAGCCGCUGGUCGAGACGGUGGAGUACUCGUUGCCCAAUAAGCAUUACUUUGAAGUUGAUCUGAGCUGGCACAAGGGCCUCAAGAACACUGGCAAGGACGCCGAGGUGUUCGCUCCUCAGACAAACCCUAAUGGACUGAUCAAGUGCACUGUCGGCCGUCAGUCCAAGGCUAAGCUAUAG